AGCUGAGGGGUUGCUGCGCAUUGAGUCGCUUCCUGACCUGGGGCAGCCGCUGGACCUGAGAGAGCCGGCCCGAACGUCCCCGGGUUGUCGCCAUUCGUGUCUCCGCCGACGCCAUCAUGCCGCUGUUUGCCUCUAACCCGUUCGAGCAGGAUGUCGAAAAGGCUACAAAUGAGUACAACACUGCUGAAGAUUGGGGUGUCAUUAUGGACAUAUGUGACAAAGUUGGAAGCACUCCUAAUGGAGCAAAAGACUGCCUUAAAGCCAUUUUGAAGAGAGUAAAUCACAAGGUACCCCAUGUUGCUCUGCAGGCACUAACUCUAUUAGGAGCCUGUGUUUCAAACUGUGGAAAAAUUUUCCACUUGGAAAUCUGCUCACGUGACUUUGCCAGCGAAGUACGUGUUAUAGUUAACAAGGCUCAUCCUAAAGUAUGUGAAAAAUUAAAAGCUCUAAUGGUAGAAUGGUCAGAAGAAUUUCAGAAAGACCCACAGUUUAGUCUAAUAUCAGCAACUAUUAAAUCUCUUAAGGAAGAGGGGGUUACAUUUCCUACAACUGGAUCACAGAGUCCCUCAAUUGCUGCCAAGAAUGGUGCAUCAUCAAGCAAAAACAAAGAGGAUGAAGAUAUAGCUAAAGCUAUUGAAUUAUCUUUGCAAGAACAAAAACAGCAGCAAACAGAAACAAAAUCUUUAUACCCAUCUGUAGAAGUUCAGCAGAACAAUCAGAAAAUCUCAAGAAAAGUGCGAGCCUUAUAUGACUUUGAAGCUGUUGAGGACAAUGAACUCACCUUUAAGAGUGGAGAUAUUAUUAUUGUUUUGGAUGACAGUGAUGCCAACUGGUGGAAAGGAGAAAAUCACAGAGGAAUAGGAUUGUUCCCAUCUAAUUUUGUGACCACUAACUUAAAUGAUGAGCCUGAGUCAGCAGCAACUGUGGAUAAGACCUCUUCUUCUGAAGACAUUACUGAGGAAGUUACAAAAGCUGAGCCUGAGCCAGUUUAUAUAGAUGAGAAUAAGAUGGAUAAGGCAUUGCAGUUACUUCAGAGCAUAGAUCCAACAGAUCCUAAUCCUGAUUCUUCUGAUCUUCUGGAUUUAGAAGGUAUCUGCCAGCAGAUGGGUCCCAUGAUAGAUGAAAAACUAGAAGAAAUUGAUAGGAAGCAUUCAGAAUUGUCUGAACUAAACAUUAAAGUGAUGGAAGCUUUGGAACUAUAUAACAAAUUAAUGAAUGAAGCUCCUAUGUAUUCUACAUAUGCAAAGAUGCACCACCCACCACCACACUACCCACCUACAUCAGCUGGCGUUCCAGUGCAGCCAUAUCCUAUACAUCCUCACAGCGGUAAUUAUGUAGUUCAUGGUGUUUCUCAAGGCUACAAUCCAGGAGGUGAUCAGAUUGGUCCACUGAGGUCCUUGCCUCCUGCUAUAAAUUCUUCAGCGACAUCCCAGCCUGCUCAGACAGCUUAUUUAAGCACUGGUUUAGAUUCUGUGUCCAAUCCUGCUUAUGUGAACCAGAAUUCUUGCCUUCCACCUGCUGGAACACUUCCUUACACCCAACAAAUGGGCAUGCCUAUGGAUAUGCUAGCCUACCAGAACACUGCAUCUAGUUUGCCUCAAGGCGCAUGCUAUCCAACAGUUCCAGCUCAUUCACUUCCACAACAGCGAACAAAUUACCAUCAGCAGCCUCUCCUGUGAAAAUGCAAAGUCUGUUCCUGAAAACAGUCUUGGAUGUUGCUGAUCCUUGUCAUUUAAUUGUCCCUGCAUUGAUUUGAGAGGAUACUUCUGCUCAAGGGAAUAGACAAACAAUUUCAAAGUUAAUUCAAGUUUAACUGUUUUUCUGCAUAGUUGUUUAAAUAAGAUGAACUGCUAGAGUGUGUGUGUGUGAUUUUUUUAAAGCCCUCAAAUCCUGGCUUACAUAGUGUUCUCUCUCCUCCCUAUUUACAAUGAGGCCUCCCUAAAGCAACUCUUCCUUGUAACAAGUUGCAUAAGAAGCAUUGAAAGCAAGUUAAUAUAUGCAUCUCUUCCUGUUUGUUCUUUCAAGACUUUAUUGAUGCCAUUGUUUUUAUGGAACCUUUGAAUUUGAAGUGCUGGCUUGAAAUCCAAUUUAUUUAGCUAAUUUGCUUUUUGGUUGGCACACCCAAGAUCAUCUUAACGUAUUGCAUUUUAUGAUUGUACAAUAAAAGACGUGAAUUUGGGAGAAGAAAACUUUGAAUGAUAGAAGAAGUUAAUGGCCUUUAUGGUUUCUGCCAGACUGGAUUUCUUAUUUGUGUUUCUCAGAAAAUAGUGCUGUUUAUUGCUGUGCAGUAGUUCUAAUUCCCUGUCUGAGAAGGUAGGGUCUGAGAAGUGCAUUUUUAGUACGUAAAUUAAUUUCCAAGCUCUAAUUGCUGCUAGAACUAGAAGUUUCCCCCUGUCUCCUCUCUCUGCUUUCAUUUCUUGGUGUUACUGAAUACUUAUUUGUAUGAAAGAAAAGCCUUUUAACAUUGAAAAGGCAUAUUUAUGCCAUGGUUUAUUUACAACAGAAACCCAUGAAUGGAUUUCUUUUGGCCUUAACUGGUAAAUACAUAUUGUUUAGGGUAAAAAUGAAUACCACGGUAAUGUGCAGUUGUAGUGUUUUUCAGGGAUUAGGAAGACUUCUUGUGCUGAUUUCAAGCACAAGUAGUCAAUUAGAAAGUUCAUUCAUUCCUUGUUCCCCAUUUUCUUAUCCAGAUAUUUAACAUAAUCAUCUGAACAGAUAGUUUAUAGCUUACAUAUGGCUAACCUAUAUACUGUGGAUGAGGGUGGGUUGAGGAGGGGAUGAAAUUAUUUAGAUAAGCAAAGGAUAAUGACUUAGAUAUAUGGAAAUCUGAAGGUGCUUAUAUAUUAGCCUGGAAAGUUUUUUGCAGUGUGUGCUGUACAAAUACAUGUUUCUUAAAAGUAAGGUCUGUAUUUGUCCAAAUCGAAUCUGCGUGUUGUCAGGUAGCCCCUUUCUCUUCUUAUACUAGUUCUAAAUAGGCUGUGCGAAAGCAUGGUGGUAGUCAAAUGAUUUCAUUUUGGACCAAUACAUUGUGGGUGUGGGGUUGUAUUUCUAGGAAAAACUCACUUGCUGCCCAUCUCUUCAUGUCAAUCUAUAUAUGCUUACAGUCUUUCUUCUUGGUGAUUUUUAAUUUCUUGUUUUAUCCGGUAAGAUUUAGAAUAGCAAAAUGGGACAUAUAAAACAAUUUAUUUUCUCUUUUCAAAAUGUAACUAAUUUCAAAGGUGCUCUUUAGAAUCCUUAUUUAGAGCAAGGUCAGUUUUUUCUCUCCGCUCAAAAUUUUAUAAAUAAGAUUAAGGUUUUGAAGAGCGUCGCUCCUUCAUAUUUGUCAUUACAUUAGGUAGUCACAGUUUUUAUUGAUUCACAAUCUUUGAUACUAUAUUGUGUGCCCAAUAUCUGACUGUGAUGUUGAGUUGAAGCAACCUUUUUCAUUGUACUUUGUUCUUUAUAUAUAAUAUAUAAAUAGUAUGUAUGUAUAUAUCCACUUGUUUGAGAUUUUAUACACAACUACAUAUAUACUCAUUGUCUAAAAAGAAAUCACAGAAAUUUUAUAUAUUUGCAUUUGGCAUUAUUGCUAACUGCUAUAAUCUUACAACACAUUUAUGCAGGUUGUAAAUAUGUACAAAUUCUGAUGUUAAAAUUGUGUAUUUAGUGUUUUGGUGUCAAUGAGGAUUUUCUUUCUUCCCUUUUCUGGACUAAAAUAUUAUUUAUUGUUAAGGUGAGAUCAUAAUUAUGCUGCCAAAGGAACUGACGACAAGAUUUCCAUAGUUAGGGCCCAAACUCCAUUGACAUUGGUGAGUGUUGAGACAUUGAUUUAAAUGGAGUUGAGAAUGUAUUGCAGGAGUAUACCUAUUUUUACAUUAAAAGUAAAUAGUAAAUGCUUUGCUUUUCAUAUAAGUUAAUAUUCGUAAUGAGGGUUGUAUUGUGAUUUUUUCCCCAUGGGUGUUAAAAUAAGAUGCAAUCUAUGGUUGUUUAGAAGUCAUUUUGUUACCUUGUACUAAAAAAUUAUCCCUCCUCCCCAGUUAAAUGUUAUCUAACAUUAUUUGUCAAGUCUAUAUCACCACCUGAUUCAACCUUUUAAAAGAGGUUCAUUCCUAAAAUAACCUUCAGUUCCCAAAGACCUCUGCGUCUGUUCAGUGUGUUAGAAAUUCCUGUAUUUCUCCCUGCCCUAAAAUAUUAAAAUACCCAGACUUAAACAA